UACACACACACACACACACACUGCUUUGUUUGACUGUCAGCUGCAGUUCGUCUUCCUCCGUCUUCUCUGUGGUUUGAGGACCUGAUUGAGGACCAUCAUGGGAGUGCUGGACAUCCUCUCGUCCAUCAGAGACCGAGCUGACAAGUUUCUGAACGAGAAGAACGUGGUGACGGACUUUCUGGGGAAGAUCGAAGACAAAACGGGCAUCAAAAAGAAGAUCAUUGCAGCAGGUGCCGUCUCACUGACUGGACUCUACCUGGUGUAUGGAUAUGGUGCCUCCCUCCUCUGCAACCUGAUUGGUUUUGUGUAUCCAGCCUAUUACUCAAUCAAAGCCAUCGAAAGUCCGAGCAAAGAAGACGACACAAAAUGGCUGACGUACUGGGUGGUGUACGGCGUGUUCAGUCUGGGCGAGUUCUUCUCCGACAUUUUCCUGUACUGGUUCCCGUUUUACUACGCGUUCAAGUGUCUCUUCCUGUUGUGGUGCAUGGCUCCGAUGUCGUGGAACGGUUCCCAGAUCAUCUACGAUAAAGUGGUUCGGCCCGUCUUCCUCCGCCACGAGGCCAUGGUGGACAACAUAGUGAGCGACCUCGGCGGGAAGGCCAUGAGUGCUGCCGAGAACCUGACCAGAGAAGUCCUGACCACGCUGAUGAAGAAUAAAGCUCUGGUGACUCAGGUGCAGCAGGUCAAUCAGCCUGAACCGAAGAGUUUACCGAGUACGUCGGCAGAAACAUCAGCAGCCAGAGUCGCUCCUUCAGAGCCGGGCGAAGAUCGACCAGAGGAGCUCGCUGUCGACGGACGUCUUUCAGAUAGCUGCAAAUGAAGAGGAGGAGCCUCUGUGAGGAAGAGGAGGCGCCUAUGUGAGGAAGAGGAGGAGCCUCUGUGAGGAAGAGGAGGAGCCUCUGUGAGGAAGAGGAGGUGCCUAUGUGAGGAAGAGGAGGAGCAGAGACCAGAGGUUUUCCUCUUCGUCCUCACAGAUCUGGAUAUGCAGACGAUCUGUCAGAGACUUUUUCUAUCACGUUGUAUUUCUGUAUUUAUACCUCAGUAACAGGAUUUAAUAUGAAAACUGUGAAUCAUCUUGUUGUUUUCUUUGAGUCGAGAUGUAUUUUUGGAUGCAGAGUACCUGAAACUGAUGCUGAAGUCACGCUGAGGCUGCAGGUGUGCAGAGUUACAGGUGAACGUCAUACUUCCUGUUUCUUUGUGUGUGUAGGUGUUAUUUUGAACACCUGUAGCAGGAAGUGGACGUACGUUACGUCAGCAUCAUUUUGCAGUGCUUCAUCAGUGACACUGUGUGUCCUCAUUUCUUCAUGUGUUUGUAUAUGUGUGUUUGUUUAAAUAUGAUGAUGACAUCGAUAUGACAAUAAAAAAAUACU